ACUCUCUCUGAGAGUGAAGGUGAGGAAGGAAUAGUAGGAGUUAUUAGCGGGCUCUUAUGGCAGGCCAGCUUUUCCGUGAGUGAGCCUGGGCAGGAAAAAAUGGUUUUUGGCAUGGUGGAUACCCCUCAGGGUCCCUCAUCUUCUGACACUCCAUGUAGACUGCAAAAUGAGGUGACAGACAGUGCAUACCUGGGCUCCGAGAGCACUUACAGUGAGUGUGAGACCUUCACUGAUGAGGACACGGGGGCCCUCGUACCUCCUGAGAUGCACGAGGAUGUGGAGACGGACAGCGGCAUCGAGGCCACGCUACACGACCCUGAAGAUGGCAGCAACAGGUUUUCCCUGAACUCAGAGCUCCAUAACCACUCCCUGGUGACGGUCAUCGGUGGAGAGGAGGAGCACUUUGAGGACUUUGGGGAAAGUAACACUUCAGAGUUGCUGCUGGAGAGCACCACAGAAGGGCCCGAGGGAGAGGGUGACUCCCAUAUCACACAGACCCCUGAGCAAGUCAAUGGCUCAGCAUUGCGCUCCCCCAGUGCUGGCAAGCGGCUAUCCAGCAAGAAAGUGGCGAGACACCUCCUGCAGAACAGCUCGAUGACUCUGGACACCAUGAGCGACUUGACGCGGGACAUCCUGGAGCUGGCUGACAACGACAUCACAGACAAGGUGCUCCUCCUUGAGCGCCGAGUGGCAGAGCUGGAGAAGGAGUCCGAGGCUUCAGGGGAGCAGCACACACGCUUGCGCCAGGAGAACCUUCAGCUGGUGCACCGGGCCAAUGCCUUUGAGGAGCAGCUGAAGGAGCAGGAGCUCCAAGCUGACGAGGAACUGCAGCAGGAAACCCGGCGUCACAAGGAGGCCCUCGGCAAGCUGGAGAGAGAGAGAGGGUUGGAGAUCGAAAACAUGCAGGCGAGGCUGCAGCAGCUGGACGAGGAGAACAGUGAGCUGAGGUCCUGCGUUCCUUGUCUUCGAGCAAACAUCGAGAGACUAGAGGAGGAGAAGCGGAAGCUGCAAGAUGAGGCUGAAGCCAUGGCCGACAGGCUGAUAGAGGAGACAGAGUCUCGCAGGAAGAUGGCCGACAAGCUGAGCCAUGAGCGCCACCAGAACCAGAAGGAGAAGGAGUCCACGCAGGAGCUGAUUGAAGAUCUGCGAAAGCAGCUUGAGCACCUACAGCUUUACAAAUUGGAGGCUGAGGCAAAGAGAGGACGUUCACCUGGAGCAGGGCUGCAGGAGUACCAGACCCGCACCCGUGAAGCCGAGCUGGAGCAGGAGAUAAAACGACUCAAACAGGACAACCGUACUCUUAAGGAGCAGAAUGACGAAUUAAACGGCCAGAUUAUCAACCUGAGCAUCCAAGGAGCAAAGAAUUUGAUGUCUGCAUCCUUCUCUGACUCCCUGGCUGCAGAGAUCAACUCUGUGUCUCGCACAGAGCUGAUGGAGGCCAUUCACAAGCAGGAGGAGAUCAACUACAGGCUCCAGGACUAUAUCGACAAAAUCAUCGUGGCCAUCAUGGAGUCCAACCCCUCCAUCCUCGAGGUCAAAUAAACAGUCAGAGGGACUCUACGGACUGCAAUUAAGAAAAUUGGAGAUAUUUCUAAUAGAGGAUAUAAAAAUAUUCUGGAAGGAGAAAAUAAACAGUAACGCCCAACUCCCCCAAUCGGAGAAGAUUUGACAAACAGUUCAUGGCUGUCGUUGACAAAUAAGCUAGUUUUUUUUUGGUUGAAUACCCCUCGAGUCUGUGCUUUUUGUGAGCGUCUGUGUCGGCCUUCCUGACAACACUUGGGUUCUGAUGACGUCCAUGUUCGUGGCUAGAGGGACCCAAGAUUCCCCGUUUGAGUGAAUGAAAGCCUAAAUGUGUGUGAGAGGGAAAUAUCCUACAAAGUAGAAACCCCUUUUCCAGACGAUGCUAGAGCUAAAACCUGAUCAGUUAUACCUAAAGGCCUUAAAUAAAAGGUGAUCAAAGUCUUCAUUAGUUAUGCCACACAUGCCUCAGUUCAGUCGGCGAAGGCUUGCUGGGAUGGUGGCAGUAUGAUGGCUCAGAUCAUCUGAGCCGCGCUGAAUCGUGUUUUUAAACAAAAGCCGUAUGAAGCGCCGCUCAGGAGCCGAGUAGAAUCUGUCCUUAACAUUUUAAAAGUUUGCAGUGCUUCGUAGCCCCGCGCGCUUCUCUCCUUUAACAGAGUUCAGCCGUCUUUUCCAGGGAACUUCUGCUGGGUCGCAGACAAGGAAUGCCUCAAGGGGGGUUGUGUGUGUGUGUGUGUGUGUGUGUGUGUGUGUGUUUGAUGUGUUCAACAUUCCCCUUUUUUGCUCUGGUUUUGGAAGAAGCUUGGCAACACUAGGAGUGGAAAAACAUUCUUGAAACCUUUAAGUGAAGGAUCUGUGUGCUUUAUAAGUUGCUUAAUCAUUUAUUUUUACAAUGAAACAGGGUCCUGCAGGUCUUCAGGUGGGCUGGAAAGACUACGUUUCCCAUCACUCCCUGGCACAAACAUUUAGAUAUCUCCCAUUUAUUGCACAAAGUAUAGGCUGGGUAUACUGACUUUAACUCUCCAGACACUUGAACUGAACUUGAAGGGAAGCUGGCGAGUGAUGGUGGAAACUGUAGUUUGGCUUCGGUGAAGUCCAGCCCACCUGAUCUCUGCGUUCUCUUGCUGAGUGAAAGUGACAGGGAAGCUUAUCAGUUUUUGUUUUUCCUUCACGAGCGAUCUGUUGUCAGUGGAAAUGUCGUUGUGACUGAAACGCUGACAAAUGACAACUGAGAAGAAUCCAGACUUUUGCACUACAUUUUGAUUUAAAUAUUGUUUUUGUUGAUGGAAUAGAAAAAAAUGUUUAUUGUAAAGGGAUGAAAUCAUAAAUGAAGAUUGUCAAGUGUGGGAUUUGUUCCUGAAGGAAUCCCACUCAUGCUGUAUUGGGGGAGGGUGUUACAUUGCUCUAAUAUAAUUACAUUAAAUUGAGUUUAUUUAGGAAAAAAAUCCUGCAGCCAUGACUUCAGAUUAGUUUGUCAUUGAGAGCUCAGAUGAGCUUUCUGCUGACUGUCAGCCAGACCUAAUCUGCAUAUAACAUUGAGGAGAAGUGGCAGACCUUGGUAGCAAUAAUGCUGGCCCAUGAAGUGGACAUUGAUGGGUGGGUUGAAUGGACAGGAUAAAGAAAAGCUGCUCUCCAUUUCCUCUGCUUAAAAUGUUUCUCCUUAUUGCUGUAAAUGAGAAGGACGGCAAGAAGGAACAAGGACUGAUUCUGUGCUCAUCGGUACUCUGCAGCCAUCUUCAAACACGUGGACAUUAUUUUUUUUUUUUGUACCUCUGACCUGGAAAGUGGAUGUUUAUGUUGGAUUUACAUGCCAGGCAUCUUGUUGGACUCGUAUCAUGAAGACUGGGGGGAGGGGGUUAUUUUUGUCCAAACAGCAUGGCGUUCUGCACACACACAUGCUAAAACGCAUUCCUGUUUUUCACACGUUCACCUCUGAAGUCUAUCUCACCGCUCCUCUUCAUCACCUGCCACUCCAUGAAAAAUGGCCUUGGAUGUAAAUGACUUGUACAUGUAAAGUUUUUUCUACACUCAUUCUAGAUUCUAGGUAUUUUUAUAGUCAGGAGAAAAAAAUAAGAGCGUUUCUUUUUCUUGUCUUAUGCUGAGAGACAGCUGCCUGUACUCUUCUCUAGCAUGUAGCGUGUACAGUAUCGUUUGGGUUUCUCUUUUCUCUCAUUUUAAAUCACAUGCAGAUAUUUAUUGGACUUACACUCUGAUCUGUGAUCUGUUCUGCUGAAAAUAUAUUUGUACAUUUUUGAAUUCAUGAGGGGAGGUGAUUAAUUCACAGUGAAUAAAUCUGUGGGAGAAUUUACUGAAUUCAGAGAGAUUAAAGCAAAGUUCUAUGACGUUUGGGGCAGUCAGCAAACACACAAAACAAAGCUUGAAUGUGACCUGCUCAGUGCGGUGAUCUGUUGAGGUCUGGGCUCUCUUCCAUUGUGCUGAUGCUGCUCUGACCUCUUUGGGGUUGUGAUUUAGAUACGGCUGAGUCUGCAGUUUUCUACUGUCGUCUUCCCAGAUGGAGUCAGGUACUGCAUGGAAACACAGAUUUCUUAAUGUAUAUUUCACUUGUUUGACUUGUGUUCUCACUGAAGAAUCGUACGCUGAAACAUCGCUCGGCAGAGCUGUAGGUUGAGACCUCGACGUGACUCACAAAACCUCGUAUCCAGGCUCUCUGUUCAGCUUUCUGCCUUUUUUCUUUCUUUCUUUUUUUGUGGUGAUGGGAGUUUGUUUUUGUUUUGUUGUUUUUUUUUUUUUGUUUUUUGUUUUUUUUCCCCCCCGACAGAUUCUUUAUAAUACUGAACCAUUAUUAUGCUAUAAUGUAGAAACAGGACAACACCUGCGCACAGCGGGAUACACAACACUCGAUUGGUGUUUUGUCUUUCUGACAGACGGUUUGAUGACUGGCGACAGUUUGAUUAGUCGGUGAAGCCACAGAGCUGACAAAAUCUUUUCUUUCAGCAGAGCUGAAGGUGAUUGCACUUUAACCAGAUCUCUCUCUUCAUUUUACUCCUGCUUUUUAAAAAUGACCAAAGACCUAUUUAAACAUAGACGGAUCAAGUUAUCCAUCAGGAUUCACUUUUAUUAACACUUCUCCUGUUCUAGUAUAUGAUAAAAUCAAACUCUCGGCUUACUCUGAAAGGAAAGAAGAAGAAAUUGGCCUGCUAGUCUAAACACUGUGCCUCUGUCUCAAACUUUGCCUCUAAACUAACCUGAUCAUGAGCCCUGGGGAAAGCACUGACCACGUGACUGUCAGUUUGUUAAAUUAUAAUGAUGAAAUCUAAACUGUAAAUAUGAAUUGUCUUUUUUUUUUUCUCCUUUUUUUUGUGGAUUUCUUUUGUUUUUGUUUCUUUCAUCUCACGCUCACUUCCAGUGUCCAAAGAAAGUUUGCUCAAGGCACAAACGUCACUACUGGAGUAGUGCAUGGCUUACCAUUAUGUGACAUGGGAAGAUUAAAAGAGAAUAUUGUAGAGAAAAAAAUAAACUGUAAAACUAUUUUCGAAGAUAAAUGUAUAAAUUAUAACAGUAUUGGUUACAGCUGUAUAUUAUUUUUAUUUUUAUUUUUUUUUUUUUUUUUUUCUGAGAUCCCCAAAAUGAUCUAAUCCUAAUUGUUCUUGGGGAGCUAUAAUUCAGUCAUUGUAAACAGAGAAAAUUUAAAGGUAAAGGUGAAAGUAAGAUUAGAAAAUAAAGGAAUAAAAUGA